AUGAGGACGAACAUUGCUCUGAAGGCUGCUUUGGCCGUGGGAGCGUUUUGUGCGCACUGCGUCGCUCAGACCUUUCGUCGUCUUGAUUCCUGUCCCACUCUAGGCUGUAUCCUGCCACCUGAUCAAGCAGAUUUCCUCCCUGGCCAAUUCUUCGACAUCCGGGUUGAGGUCCAUGCGCCUCAGAAUGGCAGUGAACGUGUUCCAUAUGCCAAUCCAGAUGCCAACUUCACUUUGACCAUCGAGAAAGAAGGUGGCUCAGCCAGCCCUGCAGCGUCUUUUUUCAAAGUAUCCGAACCGAAACUCGAGCAAUGGAACUUUACAUGGUAUGAAGAUCUAUUUGCUGAAGCCGCCAAAACCCCUUCUCUUGUCAAAGUCGCCGCAAAAGCUUACCGGAAGGUGGCCAUCUAUGAACCUGGCCAAUAUAUUGCAAAAUUGGAAUAUCAAAACGGCUCCACUACCUAUGCCAACUGGACCGUGCGGGAUAUUGCUCCUCAGCGAAGAGCCAAGAACGUUGUCAUGUUUAUUGGUGACGGAAUGACCACAAACAUGAUUACCGCCGCUCGUCUGCUAGGACAUCAAACCAUCAAUGGCAAAUACCAGUCUAGUAUGGCCCUGGAUAAAUUCCCAGUUUUGGGGCAUCAGAUGACCCACUCUCUGGAUACCUUCAUCACCGACAGUGCCAACUCAGCAACAGCAUUGUACACUGGCCACAAGUCGACAGUCAACGCUCUCGGCGUGUACGUCGAUAGUUCCAAGAACGUGUUUGACGAUCCAAAGGUCGAGACCAUCGCCGAGAUUUUCCACCGUAUCCGCGGAGGUGGCGUUGGAAUUGUCUCCACUGCAUUCAUUGCGGAUGCUACUCCAGCGGCUCUGACUGCCCAUACCCGCGACCGAGGACAAUACGGCGCAGUUAUCGAUUCCUUCCUCAACGGAAUUACCAACUUUACCUGGACCAACUGGACUGGCCCUGACGUUCUCUUUGGUGGUGGCGCAGAACAGUUCUAUCCCAAUAGCAAAUCCUUCCAGGGUAAGGACUACUAUGCAGAGUUUGCCAAGAAGAACUACAGUGUUGUCCUGAACAACACUGCUAUGCAAGCAUCCUCCAACUCCUCCAAGACUCUUGGAAUCUUCUCCGUCAGCAACAUGGCCAAGUGGCUCGAUCGCAAUGUCUACCCAAAGAAUGUCGACAAGCCAAAGACCGCCCCCGACGGCUCCAAUUCCAGCGCCACUGAUCAGCCAGGCCUCAAGGAGAUGACCCUCAAGGCCCUUGAGAUUCUCCACACUCGCCACUCUCAGGAGGGAUUCUUCUUGAUGUCCGAGGCUGCCAGCAUCGACAAGAUGAUGCACGUGUUGGACUACGACCGCGCUCUUGGCGAGCUUCUCGAGCUCGAUGACACAGUCAAGGCGACCCUAAGCUAUCUUGAGUCCAUUGGCGAACUGAACGACACCCUUGUCCUUGUGACCGCUGAUCACGGACACGGAUUCGAUGUCAUGGGUAGUGUUGACACCAAGUUUCUCAACGCACAGGGCAAUGACCGUGACAAGCGUGGUGCGAUUGGCACCUACGAGAAGUCCGGACUAAGCCAGUACCUGGUUGCCAACCGCUCCGCUCCCGUGGGCAGCGACCAGAACCUUGUCUACGCCCCUGGCGUCCACUUCCCCGCCAACUGGGAUCCCCGCUACACACUCUUCCAAGGCCUCGGUGCCAACCCUGACCACAGGGAGAAUUACCAGGUCCACAAGUCCGGCCCCAGAAUCCCGGCUUUGAACAUCACCGGCUUUGACAGUGAGGAUUUCUUUGUUAACUACGUAGAUGCCGUCACUGGUUUCCUGAUUAAUGGAACCCUGCCCGUGGAUGCCGAUCAAGGUGUGCACUCGCUGACCGACGUACCGGUCUUCACCCGUGGUCCCUGCCAAGAGCAAUUUGGCGGUGUCUAUGGAAACAUUGACAUCUUCUAUGGCCUGGCUGAUUGUCUUGGUCUAAGCCAGACCAAAGCACCCUAG